AUGUCUGACGAGGCAGUCUCGUCAACUGCCUGGCAGGAAGUUGUGGGCGGAGCUAUCUACUUUGUGGGAGGAGCACCAACAGAGCGCAAUCCGCGCGCGGCCGUGCUCCUUCUGGAACUUCGUCUGAAAUCCGACGAACAGUCCCGUCAAUUGCAAGACUUUGUUUCGGCCAAGGGUCGUCUUUAUUCCGAAAACUCGGACUUGGCUCGUCAAGUUGAAGAGCUCGAGGGCAAAAUCCAGGCAGCAACACGUCUGAAGCUCCAGUUCUCCAACGAACUCGACCAGACCCGUCGUUUUGCCGAAGAGGAGGGCCGCGAGAGACAGAAUCUGAACAGCUUGUCCAAAAACCUUGCCCGUCAACUCGAGCAACUGCGCGAAGCGAUCGAAGACGAGGUGGCCGGCAAGGCUGAAUCGACCAGACAACUACAGAAAGCCCAAGUCGAAUUGGAUCAAUGGAGAACGAAGUUCGAAACCGAGGGACUCAUCGGAGCUGACGAAUUUGACGAGGUGAAGAAACGCCAGAAUGCCAAGACCACCGAGAUUCAGGACUCGCUGGAUGCCUGCAACGCCAAGAUCGUCGCACUGGAGAACGCCCGCAACUCACCGCCGAAGCUGACACCAACCGCCUUGAGGCCGAACAUCACGCUCAGGCAGUGGCAUCACUGGAGAAGAAGCAGAAGGCCUUUGACAAAGUCAUUGAUGAAUGGAAGAAGAAGGUUGAUGACCUGUACCUGGAAUUGGAUAACGCUCAACGUGACUCGCGUCAGCUUGCUGGGCAGGCACACAAAACUCCGUGGCACCAUUGACGACUCUGUGCUGAAUCAGGCUCGUGACCUUUCCGAUCAGCUCGGCGAAGGCGGCCGUGCCAUGCACGAGCUUUCAAAGAAGAUGCGUUGUUUCGAAAUGGAGAAAGAAGAACUUCAACGAGGACUUGAUGAAGCUGAGGCGGCUCUUGAAGCUGAGGAGAGCAAAUCGCUCCGUUGCCAGAUCGAAGUCUCCCAAAUCCGAGCGGAGAUUGAGAAACGUAUCGCUGAGAAGGAGGAGGAAUUCGAGAACUCGCGUAAAGUUCACCAGCAGACCAUCGACAGCAUUCAGGCUACCUUGGAAUCAGAGACGAAGUCGAAAGCCGAGUUGUUCCGUGUAAAGAAGAAGCUCGAGGCUGACAUCAACGAACUCGAAAUCGCUCUUGAUCAUGCAAAUCGUGCCAAUGAAGAUGCUCAGAAGAACGUCAGAAGAUACAUGGACCAGACACGUGAAUUGCAGCAGACCAUCGAUGAAGAGCAAAAGAGGCGUGAGGAAUUCAGGGAGCUGUUGUUGAGCUCAGAACGUAAACUUGCUGCUGCCAAGCAGGAACAGGAAGAACUGAUCGUCAAGCUGGAAGCUAUUGAACGCGCUCGCCGUGUGGUCGAACAGGCAGUGAAGGAACACCAAGAGCAGAACAACGAGCUCAACUCACAGAACUGUGGUCUCGCAGCCGCGAAGAGCCAACUCGACAACGAGAUUGCACUCCUCAAGGUCAGGUUUAGCUCGAAAUUUGGCCCAUCGCAGGAUUCUUGCUUUUUGAGAACCUGUAGGAAAUAUAAGGAGACGCAGUUUCUCAAUAGCCCAAUUCAGAGCGACAUCGCUGAAGCUCAAAUGGAACUAGCGGCUUCUGAAGAACGCGGACGUCGCGCCGCCGCCGAUGCAGCCAAGAUGUCCGAGGAUCUCAGAGCAGAGCAGGAACACUCGCUCCAGGUUGAGCGUUACAAGAAGCAGCUUGAGAGUCAAGUAAAGGAUAUGCAAGAGCGUGCCGACAUCGCCGAGGCGGCGGUGAUGAAGGGCGGUGCCAAGGAGAUCAUGAAGGCUGAGGCUCGUCUGAAGGCGCUCCAAGGCGAUCUGGAGACCGAAACACGCCGCGCGACGGAAGCGGCGAAAUCGCUUGCCCGAGCUGAUCGCCGAGUCCGCGAACUCGACUUCCAGGUUAACGAAGAUAAGAAGAACUACGAUAAGCUGCAAGAGCUUGUUGAAAAGCUCUCCGGCAAGUUAAAAAUGCAAAAGAAGCAACUCGAAGAAGCGGAAGAGCAAGCCAACCAUCAUCUGGCCAAAUACCGUACCGUACAGAUGGCGUUGGAAACGGCCGAAGAACGUGCGGACAGCGCCGAGCAGUGCCUCGUACGAAUUCGAUCCCGCACACGGGCUGUUGUCGAACAAAAAUAG